AGGCGCGGCCAUCAAGUUAUGGGUGAACGGCCUGCAGGUCACCAACACCAGGUCCCAGUACCCGUUCGGAUACCGUUGUCCGCUAUUCGUGCCCAGCCACGAUCGCUUGGAAAUAUUGUUCCUGCAACCGUGAGUUAUUUUUUGGAGCGGAUAUUUUUAUACAAUGUCGUAUAGCUAUGUAAUAUGUUGAGAUGUUUAUGGGUAACCAUACACAUGAGUCGAAAUCGGGUAUGUCACUCCUGGUUCCGUAUAUUGAUAAAUGCAGUUUAGUUAUACUGCUGUGUCCAUUACUUAUUCAAGCUGAAUUCGGCCAUAGAUGCCUAGUGGUUUCCCUCUAUGUGAGUCUAAAUUGUCGACCUUCGGUGAAUAAAUGAAUGCCUUUAUAUAUAUUGUAUACAUGUAUAUACAUACACAUUUAUAACAAGUUCAUAAGUUCUACAAUUCCCUAAAUUUGUUUUAUGUAGCUUGUGCAGUUAUGCAGGCCUAGUCAGAACUACUUACUGAGUAAAUCAGUAUUACUGCAAACCUCAGUUGUAUGUUGACACGUACCAGUUAGAUGCCCUCAUCGUCACUCCUACAUUUGUAGCUAUGUUAGUGGUAUUCUCGUCACUCGAAAAUAUGAAAAAUUGCCUACACCCAUUACAUUCAAUCCUGUUUGGACAAGCCUAGCCUAGCGCAAUGGACAGUUCAAUAGAUGUCAUCUACCAAAGCCAUUCAAGUUGCUACUAAAUUCACGCAGUGUUCCCUUAAGUAAUGUACUAUCCUUUUCAAUCUUGUUGCCUACAUGCUGAUUAAGAUUCGAGUUCUUGUUUUGGCGUGCUUUAAUUAUGCUUGGUAAGACCGGAUGCAUUAGUCAAAUAUUCACAAUAUUCUGAUUACUGUCUGUUUCAUCGUCUCAGCGAGACUGACCCUCACUUUGUUUAAGAGCUUGCAAAAGUAUUCAUUUGCCGCAUAUGGUCAAAUAAUUAGUUAUGUUUUACUCUAAGAGUUUAAACCCUUAAGGGAAAACCCCAGAUAACUCAGUUUUCUGUCCUAAUGUUAAAUUUCACCAUUCCUUCCUUUAGAAAUGUGCUUAAACCUAGUCGGCGUGUCCAUUCAACGUAUUGUUACUGAUAGGACUCUUGUUUAUGUUAUGUUUCAGGCACCUGAAUCAUACUUCAAAAUCUUAUUGGCCAGUCUCGCAGUUCCUACAUGGUUCAAAAUCACCAUACCUAUAUUCUAUUCCUCAUUGUUACGUAAAUCCAAGUUGGAAUUACGUCUCGUUACAUAAAUUACUUUUGUCUUCACGUGACUUCGUAGGCCUUUUUGUAUUAAUUUCUUUUUUUGUUUUUGUCACCCACUCUAACGUACAGAUGUGAAAUGUAGAAACCUGGAUUAUUGCGGCGUAAAGUCAGCGGCUUCAAGGUCAAUUUACUUUAUUGUAACCCUUGGAGCGGUGUGUAGCAUGUAACAAAUGUACUAGUGAAACUAAAUUAACGGAGUACUCUGGAUAAGAACUACACCUAUCUCAUUAUCCAUCACCUCUAAACUCCGCUGUUGUUUAGUAACCGAUAAGUAACGUGCUUAUAAUAGAUAUUGGAGUCAAAUUUACUUAUAGUUAUCAAGUUGUGCAUAGAAAACAUUUGCGGAUAGAACUUACGCAGUACAAAAUGGAGACGGUAUUAACUGACUAUAGAUUAAGUCCGGAUCACGAGUAAGUUGUACAGUGGUCAGAUAAGACCCCUUUAUGAAAACACUAUAUGCUUCCUACCUUAUCUCAUGGUGCAGGUUUAUUGACAGGGUCCCUCAUAUCGUUGUGAACCAGUGUACUUCCUGGAAAUAGUCUACUGAUAUAAAUGUACGGAAGUUUUGCGCUUCGGUUGUUGACGUUGCGUGAUCACACCUGGUGACAUCUUCAGCACUAAAUCUAUAUAGCAACUAGGCAUAUUUACUAGUCACAUGAAUGAUCAAGCUUUGUUCAUUCUUUCGUUUGAACAUGGAAAUAUUUUCUCUUCCUUAAAGUUAGUUUUUAAUUUUAUCUCAGGUCCCGUGACAUGUAGAGAGGAAAAAGAAGACCAGGCAACAAGUGAUAUUUCCUCAGAACACUGGCUUAUUCGGCUUAAGGUUCGUCUCGUUUAUUUAUAUUAAGUCUACCUGCAUCUGUCUUAAAAAAGGAGUAGCUGGCACGCGAGGUUGUGUGAGAUAAAAGCCAUCUCUUUUAGGUUAGAUUGUAUUGAUGCAUGUUAGCUCUCUUGUUGAGGUUUUCAAAGUUAUCCAGUUGCUCAGAAUUCCAUCAGAUAUGUUUUAGAAUCCAAACCAGUGGUAGUCUUAGUCUUGUGGUUUCUUUCACUAUCAACCAACAGAGAAAGAAGUCCCUUUAGUGCAUCAGUGGGGGUUCUUACUCGUUAUUUGUUUUCCCAUAAUUACAUCCUCCUUUAUUUUGUGCCACACAUCUUGGUGCCCGUUUCACAUCAAUUUUUUUAUUAAUUUAAUGAUUGGUUUUUAAAAAAGUUCCGCUUCAUAUUUUAAAACUGUCAUUAAUAAGUUUCAUCACCCUCCACAUGAGACACUUAUGCACAGAAUUUUUGGAUAUUUCUUAAAGGUUCCUCGCCAUUCCAUGGUGAAUCAGGUGUACUUGCUUCCAAAGUCUGGGGUCACCAGCAAUGUACUUCCAAAUACGCCAAGUGUGAUGCAAGUUCGGAGUCUGGCCGUUGGUCAAGCUGUGCUUCAACCAAAUGGUAUGCUUACUAGUGCCCCCGUUAUGCCUCGUGAGUUUCGUAGAGUUGUCACACCACAAUCGGGAUCAUCAACCAAAUUGGUUGGAUUCUUCAACCAACUGUUGGAAUUGUCGAAGAAUGUAUCCGCUAGCACACACGCCUCAGUGGCAAGACUGAUACAGGCACUGGUGAAUGGAGAACUUGAUGCCAACUCUUUCAGCACACAGUUACGCAGCAAUCUUAAAAGUGCCAAUACCAGUAUGGAUAUCGCUCCAUUUAUAAAGGACAACAUAGAUUUACUAAGGAGAGAUUUAGCCAGUGGUGUUUGUCGAUUGCCAAAUAUACAGCCUCCGCCAAAAGAUUUCUCUACAACUACGCCUGUCCCCGUAACAAUUGUUACAUCACUACCUACUCUGGGUCUACAUGCUCGUGCUAGUACUGCAGUCUCUACAACAAUCCUUUCGUCAUCAAUACAAGGUGGUCCUCGCAUCGCUCUCCCGACCAAUACUACUCCCCGUAUAGUAGGAACACUUAUGUCAUCAGUUUCAACGCCAGCUAUUCCUACCAGCCCUGCUACUGUUCUCACAUCUCGGUCUCAGCCUCCAUUAUUAGCUCCAGCUCCUCCUAGGGUUUGCGUUACACCUGCAAUAAACAUUGAUGCAGCUGCAACUUUGGGCACCGUUACAAGAUACCGUUUAGCGCAGCCUAUUAGCGGUGUUACAUCCGCAACCGUUGUCCUACCUGGUACAGCUGUGACAACAGUAGUCCCGACGCGUUUCACGUCAGCUAUUAACGGGACACGGACAAGUUAUCAAAACUUAAGACCAAUUAUAGCUACUUCAUCAACUUCAUCAGCCUUUGGUAUCAAUCUUGGUUCAAUAAAAUCAGCCGCUGGAAUGUCAGCUGUUGUAUCUCCUUUAAUUCGCGCUAAAUCCGGAUAUCCUAGCUCUUACACAUCUGGGAUCUUACCUGCUGUACAUAACAAGGUAGGCUCCAGUCUUUUGUCUUUGAGUGGAUCUUCGCUUUUCAUAGACGGUGGAGACCGGAAGUUAAAUGAGGUAUCAUUUUUAAAUGAUGAUAUACGUCACACACCUGCAUCGCCAAUGCGUGACACUCCGUUCUUUCCUCCGGAAAGAGUCAGAGAAGUAUUAGAAGCUCAUGGUAUCAAGUCACUAACAGAAGAAGCUGUUAUAUGCCUUGCCCACGGUUUACAAAUAUUUAUCAAAGGUCUGUUAUCGAAAUUGAGAAUUAUAGUGUCACACCGUCUGGAUCGUUUAGGUGAAGAUUCCCGUUUGGCGCCGACAGAUCAUACGCGUGAGCAGCUAAGAUUUCUACAAAAGUUGGAUGAACAUGAUCGAAUAAGGCAGUCCGAACUGGAAAAGGAUCUGAUUCUUAAGGCUGCAAAGUCGCGCUCUAAAAAUGAGGACCCUCACCAAAUGCAAAUGAGGGAAAUGGCUCGAAGAAUAGCAUCUGAAGACUAUGAACGAGAAAAACAACAUCAAGCCAAUCUCACAGCUCUUCACGCCAUUGGCCCACAGCGUAAACGUCGUUUGGAUACUUUGGAUGAGACGGGUAAUCCCAUCUCAAGCGAUGUUUUGGGAGCAUCCUUCCCAUCAAGAAAUGGUGCUACUAAAAUAAUUAAUACACUACCCACUACUAGUCGCCUUUCCAUUGUUAGCGCCAAUCGUCUAGGGAUUGUAACUCCCGUUUCUAGUCUGCCGCAGUUCAACUUAGAAACUACGUCUUCGAAUUCCAACACGUCGGGUACUGCGACUAGUGGGACUAGUGAUGGACCAAAUACAACCGGGUUUUCGCUGGCACUAAGUCUUAGAACUCACCGCGCUACUAUGCGAGAUAUUCAGGUCGUACUUUCCCGAACACCGAGACUUCGUCGUACGCGGACAUACUACAAGACGUAUUGGCGUUCCCAGCCUUGACAUUUUUGUGUUUCUUAUUUUUCUUUGAUGUAAUUUAGUAAUGGUUGGCUGAUUAUUCUUUGAUACCAAUCCACAGAAUUUUUCAAUCGCCUACCAAUGUGUAGUGCCAAAACCUCUGUAUAGUUAUACAUUGUAAAAAUAUCAGAUGUAAUGUUGCUAAGCUCAGAUUGUUUUUUGCAUUGGAAAUAAGAUUUUACAUAUUUUGUCCACUGUGUACAUUUAUCUUUUUUUAAAAAGAUUGUUCUCUGGUGUGUUUAAAUUGUUGUACAUAAUUUACAUUUGCUGUUCUGAG